CGGUUCUGCGCUAGUGGCAGAAACCAUCAGUCACGGGUUGCGUACGGACCCACAUUACCUCUGUCAUCCGCUGUCAGUCCCAGCCUCGUUCACUCAACCAGGGACGUGAGACAACUUCAGGAAGACGAUAGUAAGUCAUAAACAACAACAGCACCAACAAAGCAGCAUUAACAACAGCCAGACGACGGCAACACCACCAUCAGCAACACCAACAAAACAAAAAUAGUAACACACUGCAGUAAUCCAUCAUGGCGGCGAAACACACCCCAGCGUAUCUGAAGGAAACCAACAACUCCCUCAUCUGGACGCGCUCUUGUGAGAAGGAGACCGCCAAGCCUGUCGAGGGCAAGGUCAAAGGAGAAAUCCCGCAGUGGCUCUGCGGGCGCCUGACUCGCAACGGGCCAGGAAAGACAGGCUUCGGUGACACUCAGUUCAACCACCUGUUCGACAUGUCUGCUCUAAUCCACCAGUUCAACAUCUAUGACGGCCGCGUCACAUACCAGUCCAGAUUCAUCCAGAGUGACACCUACAAGAAAAACCUGAGAGCGAAUCGUAUUAUUGUGAUGGAGUUCGGCACAGGGGCGUACCCAGACCCCUGCAAGACGCUGUUCCAAAGGUUCAUGACGUUCUUUACGCCCCUGAGCAAAAGGGAAAUGACGGACAACUGCCUAGUGAGCGUGUGUCAUUUCGGCGAUGAGCUGUACGCCAUGACGGAGACCAACGUGAUGCGAAGGAUAGACCCCGAGACUCUGGAGACUGUGGGCGAGAAGACAAAGCUGGACGACUACUUGAUGGCUGUCAACACUGCCACGGCUCACCCACAUAUAGACCCUGAUGGCACUAUCUACAACAUGGCCAGCUCUCACGCCAGCAAGGAGGGACCGCACUACUGCAUUGUCAAGUUUCCUCCACCUGCAGUGGUUAAUGGCAAAAAGAAGUCCUCGCUGGAUCAGGCCAGCGUGGUGAGCAAAAUACCCUGCCAAAAGAAGUUGUUUCCUUCCUAUUACCACUCCUUCGGCAUCACCGAGAACUACUUCAUCUUCGUGGAGCAGCCCUUCCUCCUUAACCUGAAGAAAUUUCUCGUCAACGUGGUCACAGGCAACAGCUUCUUGGCUGCGAUGGAGUGGCACGGCAAACACAAGACCAAGUUCCACGUGGUGCGGCGUGACACAGGGGAGAUCCUCUCCACCAAGUACGCCUCUGACGCCUUCCUCACCUUCCACCACACCAACACCUACGAGGAGGACGGCCACCUGGUGGUGGACCUCUGCGCCAUCAAGUCUGGAAACGUCAUCUCACAGUUCCUCCUCAAGAACCUGUCCAAACCUGACUACACUGUCUCCCCAGAGGACUUGCCCGUGCACAGACGAUACGUGCUGCCGCUCCGCACGGAAGGCUCCCGCACAGAUACCAACUUGGUAACACUAAAGGACACGAAGUGCACUGCUCGGAAGCUAAAGGACGGCACCAUCUUCCUCGAGGGGCAAGUCAUCUCCCCCAACGUCAUUGACCUGCCAAGGAUAAACUACAAAUACAAUGGCAAGCCUUACACCUUCACAUACGGGGUGGAAGUCAACCCCCUCGGAGCGCAGUUCUCAAGGCUGGUGAAGAUCAACGUGCGCACCGGGGAGACGCAGCUGUGGCACGAGGAAAGCAAGCUGGUGAGCGAGCCGGUGUUCGUGGCGGCCCCGAACGCCACCCGCGAGGAGGAGGGCGUUGUGCUCACUACUCUCCUUGAUAGUAACAACCCUACCUUCGUGGCACUGCUGGUGCUGGACCCUACCAGUUGGAAGGAGGUGGCGAGGGUGGAGUUUAAGGCACAGGGCAAGGUGACACAGACCUUCCAUGGACAGUUCGCAGCCACGGGAGACUCUGUUCACCUGUUCUAGGCACACGCUUGGGACGGGGUGCCGUGUAAUGGAUAAUGUCAGGGCAGAACUUUUAGUGUUUAGGGUUUUAGUGUUGCAACACUCUGUACAUGCUAUCUAUAUAAUUGUCCUUUAUGUAAGGAGUAUCAGUGAACAAAGCUAAUCUUUUACAAGUUACUAUAUUGUUAAUUUAGGAAAAAUGUAAGUAGAUUUCGUUUGUAUUUUUCCCUUAAAUAUCGCCGUUAAUGAAAUAGUAGUUAUUCCAUCAAACUGCACAUCACUUUGUGAUUUUUUAAACUGAGAUUUGUGUUUUCAGACUUUUAUGUAACAAUAACCAUAAAAUACCUGGAGGUAUUUUUUGUAGCUCAUUUAGUUUCAGUGUAAUACAAAGUACAGACUAUUUUUUUGAGCGAAUAGUUUUACAACAUAUUUAAGAAUACAUACAUACAUACAUACA